UAGAGGCGCACACGUCUGGUUUCAUUCGAACAGCGAAUCUCUCAAGUGGAUGUGAAAAGGGAGGCUGGAUGAUGCCGUACUGGGGCGAAAUCCCGGUCCCAGCGGCGCCGCCCAGCCGUAGCUCCUUCGACUUGCUGCAGCGGGAGUUCCGCUCGGUGGAGAUGCAGGACCCCCCGCUGCACCAGCCGUCCGCCCAGCGCCCGCGUCCCACCACCAUGCUGGACGUCCCCUCCGAGCCCUGCAGUCUGACCAUACACACCGUGCAGCUGUGCCAGCACGUCCGCCGACUCCGGAGCCUUCUGGCCGCUGCCCAGGGCCAGCCGCCUGCGGAGGGCGCUGCCAGGCUUGAGGAGGGAGAAGCACUGCCCCCUCGACCACCUACGCCUCCCUUCCCAGAGGACCUGCUUCCCAUAGACAGCAAGGUGCCUCAGCAGCCCUUCCAGUUAAGGCACAGUGACCCAGAGAGUGACUUCUACAAGGGAAAAGGAGAGCCAGUAACGGAACUCAGCUGGCCCUCCUGCCGCCAGCUGCUCUACCAGUCCGUGGCCACGGUUCUGGCCCAUGUGGGCUUCGAGUCAGCCCAGGAGAGCGUGCUGGAGACCUUGACCGACCUGGUUCACGAGUACUACCUGCGCCUGAGCCGUCUGCUGCGGGUCGCUGUGGACCGCGAGGCCCGCCUGGGCUCCACGUCCUUCCCCGAUGUGGUGGAGCAGGUCUUCCACGAGGUGGGCAUCGGCAGCGUGCUGGCACUGCAACGGUUCUGGCAGGUCCGCAUCAAGGACUACCACAGCUAUAUGGUGCAGGUGAGCCGGGAGCUGUCCGAAGAGUACGACCGCCUGGUGAAUCCGGAAAGGGGUGCGGAUGACUCCAAGCCGCUGAAGAUCAAGGAGGAGCCGCUGAGCGACAUCGCCUUCCCCGUGAGCGAGGAGCCGGAGGCAGACCUCGCCUCCGGGGACCAGGCCCUGCCCAUCGGAGUCCUGGGGGCCCCCGGUGAACGUCUCGCAGGCGGGAUGGAGGCAGAGAGCUCACCGCAUGCCUCAGCUGCAGCAGCUGGGAACAACUCCCCCCUGUGGCACCUGACGCAGGUGAAGAUGGAGCCGCAGGACGGCGAGGAGGGCCAGGUGUCAGGACACGGGGUCCUGGGGGGCGAUGUUUUCGAGGAGGAGCCCAUGUCCACCAUGAGCGAGGCGGGAAUCCCUCCCUCGCCCUCGGGCGCAGCUUCAGAUGGCAGCUACGCCUCGCACUCGCCCGACUCACUCAUGGAAAAUUCGCCCGUGUUUAACCAGCGGCCACGGAAGCGCACAAGGAAGAUGUGAGGGGCCCCUUCAGCCGCGGGCGCUGACAGCCACGGCCCUUCUGUGGAAGACUAGCAAGAGCAGCGUCGCUCAAAGCCUCUUCUGCUGAUGGUUCUUUCAUCGCUUCACACUCAGUUUGCUGAUGGCUCCUCAAUCAUUGCUCAACAGAAUGAGAAUUUUUUUUAAAGAACUUUAUUUUCGAAUUUUGUACUUUCGAAAAUGCAAAAUAGUGUCCAGCCAAUUAAGAAUCAAGAAUCUCCUUCAUGUGUCCUUGUCCUUGGUAGCUUUUUCAUUACAACAUGUGCCGAGUUUAGCAGCCGCAAACAAGACUGAAAAAGCAAUGUUAACACUUGCUUAAUUUCUGCAGUACAGCUUCAGCACCAGUCUUAUGUUCUGAUCGAUUUAAGAAUUUCAAAUUAUUUCAGAAAAGGGCAAACAGACUUUUGAACUGAUAGAUGUGACAGAUGCACAGUGUAUUAAAUCAAGGUAAGCAGCCUCAUUAGAGAAUAUUUUUGUGUAGAUUUAUCCUGUUCAAUUUUACCUUUUAAUUAAAAAAAAGUAUCAAUAUCUUGAAGGGGAAAAAACAAGCAAAG